GUUCAAUUGUAGAAAUCGUGAGGCUGAUAAAUUACUUGGUAGUAACAAAUAUCUCCCAGUGACCCUUCAUUCACCCCACCAAAAAAUCACAAGGAGUAAAUAUCCCUGUCACAGCAACCAUCGCGUCUUCCAGCGCAAACAUCAACAUCCUCAAUUUACUCCAGAUCAAGCCCAUAAACCCUCUCAACCCCACAACCCCAGUUUUGCCUUCUCGCAGUAUUUACAAAAAUGAAUUCGCAAAACCCAUCCGUUCUUCUUUCCUCUUCCGUAGCUUCUCUACGAGCCUCUUUAAGUACCCUAGACAACAGCAUCUCCAUCCUCGAUUCCGGUAUUUCUGAUUUUCCCCGUCUGAAAUCUGUUCUGAGUACCACAAGACACUUCGAACUCACCCCCUCCACCACCCUCCACGCCGCCCAACGUUCCCUCGCCGAAGAACUCGAGCCCGCUAUCGAAACGCUUCUCUCCCGCUCCGAAUCCCUGAUAUCCCGUCUCCAGCGCAAAGAAGAACAGCUCAUCGCGCGCUCCCAGCUUCUCUCCGGGCGUCUCGAAUCUUCCGAUUCGAUGUCCAAUCCCACCUCCAAAGCCAGCAAACUAAGUCGCAAGAAAAGCUGGGAAAUAGGGUUGAAUAAAGGGAACAAAAGUCCCUUUGGGAAUGGAGGGGGAGAUGAAGAGAAAGCGAUGAGGUUGAAGGUUUUGAGACAGAAGAAGGAGAGAUUGGGGUAUGCGGUGGAGAGAUUGGGGCUGCAGAGUCAGCAGCGACAGAGGCAGUUGAGGAUGAGUGUUGCGCCGCCGUCUUUUGAUGAUGAGUGAUUUACAGACAUUUUGAAUGGGUAGAUACAGAUAAGGGCAGGAAGAGUGCACAGUUGAUCGCAAGCUUUCUAGCACGCUUCGAUGGCACAGAUCGAGAAUUGGAUAUGAAUCGGGGUUGAGGAGCUGGUCCUGUUGGAUUUUAUCGAUAUGUCUAAUCGUUAUCCCUUGCCAUAGUUUCUGUGGAAACUUCAUAAUCAGAUCCAAGCCAAGGUCGUCGAUUCAAUUCGAGCCAUUAUAGGGACAAGAUACGAGAGUGUAGACUAUGGAGGGGUCCGGUACUUUUCAAAAGAAUGGCCCCAAGCGCCAAAGGGAGAUGUCCAACCCGGCGUUUUGUACAUGAUGUAUGAUGAUGAUGAUGAUGAUGAUGAUGAUGAUGGAAUGCGGAUAUACCCAGAAUGAUGUGUAUAGCAAUGGAGAUACAUAUUUUUAGCGAGAAGUCAUCACGUCACUCUUCGAUUGUGCUCGAGUCCUGUAUAAAUCCUUCUAUUGAAAAUUAGUGGCGGUACAUAUUUAGGUAGUGAAAUCAACUUCUCAAGUUUAGCUUCAC